AUGAAGUCAGUGGAGGACCAAGUUGUACAAGAUGAGGCACGGUAUCAGGACGACGAGGUAUCUUUCUUCCAAGACAUUGAUCUUCUACAGAAAUAUGGGAUUAACAUGGCUGAUAUCAAGAAGCUGAAGUCUGUGGGAAUUUGUACGGUAAAAGGGAUUCAGAUGACCACACGGCGUGUGCUCUGCAGUGUAAAGGGCUUAUCUGAAGCAAAAGUGGACAAAAUAAAGGAAGCUGCUGGGAAGUUGCUGAUCACUGGAUUUCAGACAGCUUCUGAAUACAGUAUGAAAAGGAGACAGGUGUUCCACAUCACAACAGGCAGUUUGGAGUUUGAUAAACUUCUUGGAGGGGGAAUAGAGAGUAUGGCAAUUACUGAGGCUUUUGGAGAGUUCAGAACUGGUAAGACACAGCUCUCUCACACACUGUGUGUUACAGCUCAGCUUCCUGGUGAGGAUGGAUACACUGGAGGGAAAGUUAUUUUCAUUGAUACUGAAAAUACUUUUCGUCCAGACAGACUGAAGGACAUUGCAGACAGGUUCAAUGUGGAUCAUGAAGCUGUGCUUGAUAAUGUUCUCUACGCCCGUGCCUAUACGAGUGAACAUCAGAUGGAGUUGUUAGACUUUGUUGCAGCAAAAUUUCAUGAAGAAGGAGGGGUCUUCAAGCUCUUGAUCAUAGACUCCAUCAUGGCUCUGUUCCGGGUGGACUUCUCUGGUAGAGGCGAACUGGCAGAGAGACAGCAGAAGCUGGCACAGAUGCUUUCCAGGCUGCAAAAAAUCUCUGAAGAGUACAAUGUUGCAGUGUUUGUAACAAAUCAGAUGACAGCAGAUCCAGGAGCCGGGAUGACAUUUCAAGCAGAUCCCAAAAAGCCCAUCGGAGGUCACAUCCUGGCACAUGCCUCCACCACUCGGCUAAGCUUGAGGAAAGGACGUGGUGAAACAAGAAUUGCCAAAAUAUUUGAUAGCCCUGAUAUGCCAGAAAAUGAAGCUACUUUUGCCAUAACUCCUGGAGGGGUAGCAGAUGCAAAGGAGUAA